AUGGCACAGGGAACCAUCACUCCCCGCAUCAGUAAUAGGAUGGCACAGGGAACCAUCACUCCCCGCAUCAGUAAUAGGAUGGCACAGGGAACCAUUACUCCCCGCAUCAGUAAUAGGAUGGCACAGGGAACCAUCACUCCCCGCAUCAGUAAUAGGAUGGCACAGGGAACCAUCACUCCCCGCAUCAGUGAUAGGAUGGCACAGGGAACCAUCACUCCCCGCAUCAGUAAUAGGAUGGCACAGGGAACCAUCACGCCCCGCAUCAGUAAUAGGAUGGCACAGGGAACCAUCACGCCCCGCAUCAGUAAUAGGAUGGCACAGGGAACCAUCACUCCGUGCAUCAGUAAUAGGAUGGCACAGGGAACCAUCACGCCCCGCAUCAGUAAUAGGAUGGCACAGGGAACCAUCACGCCCCGCAUCAGUAAUAGGAUGGCACAGGGAACCAUCACUCCCCGCAUCAGUGAUAGGAUGGCACAGGGAACCAUCACUCCCCGCAUCAGUAAUAGGAUGGCACAGGGAACCAUCACUCCGUGCAUCAGUAAUAGGAUGGCACAGGGAACCAUCACUCCCCACAUCAGUGAUAGGAUGGCACAGGGAACCAUCACUCCCCGCAUCAGUGAUAGGAUGGCACAGGGAACCAUCACUCCCCGCAUCAGUGAUGGAUGGCACAGGGAACCAUCACUCCCCGCAUCAGUGAUAGGAUGGCACAGGGAACCAUCACGCCCCGCAUCAGUGAUAGGAUGGCACAGGGAACCAUCACUCCCCACAUCAGUGAUAGGAUGGCACAGGGAACCAUCACUCCCCGCAUCAGUAAUAGGAGCCCUCAGAUCUGUGACAGCGAUUCUAAUGACACUCUGA